CUUCGUACACACCUUGAACUUCUCUCGACUGUUUUCUAUUCUUUUCUUUCCUCCUGUUUCCACAAUCCGAAGUUUCGAGGUCGCUCGAGGAAGGCCAAACUAGUCCUCAUUGAAGGUGAAAGGUACAUCAAUAACCUUACCAAAAYCAACUUACCACGUAAAAAUAAUAUAGAACGAUGAGAUUUACAGCUGCAGCCGUCGCUGCCGUCUGCCUUCUGAGCGCAACGGAAAAUAUCAAAUAUGGGGAUGCAUUCACAGUAACAGCACCGAUGGUGUCCCAGAGCACACAGAUGGGACGAGCUUCCUCGCUUGCUCCUCUCAACUUCAAAAUUCCCAAUGGUGGAGAACCUUCGGGAGGAAUGGAGGAAUUGCUAGAGUUGACAGAGAACAAAAUGACUUCCGCCCUCGAAAAACAGGUGCAGAAAUCACCAUCGUUUUGGAAAUUGGCGGGAUAUGCGACCAUUCCCGUUUCGGCCGCUCUAGGAUUCGGAAUCGUUCCCAGUCGCCGACUCGCUGCCCACGCCGCCGGAGCCAUCAUCACAGGUGUUGCCGGAGCCGUCGGGAAAUCAAAAUUGGACGCUGUCACCGAAGCUGCUGCUCUUCCCGCCAUUGCCCAAGCCAUCAUCGAUCACGGCAUCGAAGAUCCAGCAACCACCUAUGGUUAUGUCAAGUCACUUCAGGAAUCGCACGGCAUUGUCGACAGCGAGGAUUUCCAGCUUCUCUGCGCCGAUGUAUACAGCAAAUACCUUUUGGGAAUGGUUAAAUUUAACCCGAUGCCAAAAUCCAGCGAACCAAAGGAACUCGGAAAGCUUAAGGCUUCCUUGGGUCUGGACAACCUUUUGGUGGGAGAAGCCCACGCUGCUGCCGCAGAUGAAUGGUACAGAACCACUUGUUUAUUUACUCCAGAGGAAGAUUUGGAGGAUCCCGAUCACCCAGACCGCCAAGCCAUGGACAAGUUCCUUUUCCUGACGGAACGCGCCCUCAAACAGGGUAACGAAACAGACGAAGCUUUCCGAUUCGAAAUGACCCGUGUUGCCAAGUCCAUGAAAUUGUCGCUCAUGGACGCCAUGUUCCGAGUGGCCGAUGUCCAACAGCCAUUCUAUGCACGGGCWCUGGUAUCCACUCGUGCCAAACUUGGAGAGGGCAAGGUUUCGGGAGCCAUGUUGGAACGUGCCCGCCAAACACUCGGAAUUGACGAUGAUACAGCACAUGACAUGCAUGUCGCCUGCUUCAACGACGAAGUCCGUGACCAACUCGGACUUCCUGCCAGUACCGAUGACGACGACGAGGAGGAUUCUGAUCCCGAUUUCGAUUUUUCGAAAGCCAAAUUUGGUGCCGAGGCGAAAGAGGAGGUAAGUCGUGAUCGCACUGAUUGACGUKUUGAUUGACGACACACGUGGAUAGGCCAUCAACACAUAUCUUCGGGUUACAUUUCGUGAUAAAACUGACGUUCUGUGUUUAUAUUUGUAAUCGAUUUCAGUUGGCCCUACUCGCAGAAAUUCUUGGCCUGUCCGAAAAUGAUGCCGCCUACGAAAUUGUCGCCGAGACAACCCCAUCGUACCAAGAGACAGCACUUUCUGCCAUGAAUGCUGUACUGGCAGGUGUUCUGACCGCCGAUGAGGCUUGGGAAAAGAUCGAUGUCCGCCGUCAGGAAUUGUUGCUUCCCGAAGACAGAUGCGAUGAACUUCUCUCUUCCAUGGUCAUCCAAUCUCUCGGAGGACCUCUGGAGCAAGCAAACAAAUUUUCUAAGGUCAACAACGAAGUUGCCGUCUACGAAAAUCUGCUUGAAGUCUUGAAUGCGAAAGAGGCAUUGAUUGGUAUUCUUGCGAAGUCUGGAUGGGACGACGUGGAUAACUUUGACUCGGUGUUCUGCGAUCCUUGGGAAGAAGAUUCGGCCAUCAGCUUCAUCGACGCCACAGUCCGKAAUAAGCUUUACGACAUCUUCCUWAAGCGCACGCUUCGCAAUUCACCUGAUGGAAAGAUCAGUGACGAAAUGCACAGUCGCAUCAAGGCAAUCCAGGGUGUUUUGUCAAUUUCGGAYGAUCAAUCUGAAUACGCCUACAACGUUGCAUUUGGUCCUGAACUACAGAAGGCUUGCCUCGUUGCAUCCGAUGAAAUCUCCAAAGACUACACUCCUGAACUUGCAGAGAAGAUGUCGAGCAACAUCAACCAAAUCGUUGCGGACUUCAAGCUUUCCGAAUCCUUCUUGAAAAACGAAGGGUCGUCGUGCUACAACAGGGCUGUGAAGGAAAUCAGCGCCAAGUGUCCAGGUGGUAUCCCAACUAAGGAAUUGAACGAAGCUCUCGAAGCUCUUCGUGAUAUGUACCACCUAGACAAGGAAGAUACAUACCAACCCCAUUUGGAAUAUUUCGGAGAAGUCUACAAAAAGAGCAUCCUCGAGUCGAUGGGAUCUACUGGAAUCAUCACACCCRAACUUCAGGAAGGUCUUGCCGAACUUCGMRAUCGAUUGGGCGUUCGUGAAGAGGACACGAAGGACCUCUAUUUGUCGGCAAUCGAAAAGAAGUUUGUCCCCAUGAUGGAAUGGAUCAACAACGAAAUGGAACGAACCCAGCUGACACAAAAGCAACUUUCCGAACGCCGGGGUAAGGAUAUGGGAGAAGAUGUUUUCCAAACUGGCAAGGCAGCUGAUGGCAGUUUGGGACUCGGUGCCGAGGUAAAUAUCAUGGGAGAUAUUAUCAACCUUGUUGAUUUCUAYACCGAAAACAAUAUCGCCGAAGAAGUCGAGAUUGGAACCAAGGAAGUUGACGGAGAAGAAGUACCAGUUUUGGAAACGUCUUACCCCAUUACAGGUAUCGAUACAGAGGUUGUUGACCAACAAAUGGCCGAAUAUUUGUACCGCCAAUUCGUCGUUGGAGCAUUUUCUGCCCAACCCGAACAGUCAAGCCGAUACGAGGCAGCCCGUGCCAGUUUCGGAGGAAUUCUCGGACUUACCACCGAAAAGAUGGAAGAGAUCAACGACAGCAUCGGCAGUGCCGUUUACGACAACUUUGUCACUCGAUCGAUGACGACGAAGGGAGCACUCGACCAACAGGACAUGAUGUUCCUGGCAAACAUCCAGACCAAGCUCGGUCUUUCUUCCGAAGCGGGCGAGAAACUAAUGAUGGACUCCCAGAGAAAGUUUUUGACCGAAGAGCUUUCGAAUAUUAUCGACGACGAUACUCCGGUUCGAAUCAAGGCCUUCCGCGAAAAAUGCAACGGCAUGGGACUUGACCUCUCGGAAGAUUUGGGCAUCACGAAACACCAAUUAGUUGAUAUUUUCGAGAAAGAAAUCACUCCGGCACUGAAGGCCGGCGAAAUCACCGACGACAACCAAGACUCCCUGACCGAAAUCCAAGAGAGCCUGAACCUCGACACGGAAGAAUGCGAGGCCGUGUUCUUCAAGACCGUUCUGCGUCUCGCACAGGAAGCCCUGAACGAAGUCGAGGCCGAACUCAUGAGAGGGCGGGAAGAGAACGCCGUCGAGCUGAUCGCCAUGAUCACGCGAUAUGCCGCAUUCUUUGGCGGCGAACUGGACUUUGAGGUCGAGGAACCCACGGCCUGGUCUAUUUUCAACGUUUACGACGCUGUUGACUUUAGCGGAGAAGAUCCCGAGGCCGUCGAGGAGAAGAAGGAACUGCUGCAAGUCGCCCUUGGCCUCAUGGAUGCCGAGGACGACGAAGAAGAGGAAGAAUAAGCUAGAUCUAUCCGUUUGCAGUGUAAAUUAUUUAAAAAACCAAGUUAAAUUCU